AUGUCGUUGUUGGAUCUGUUGAAAAGCGGUGACGAUGGAAGUUCGGCGAUAAAUUUCGACGAAAAACGACAACCAUCUCAUUUACUAUUCGUUGUUCGUUGGAAUAUCACACUUUUCACCAAUAAUUUAGCGUUCAGUGAGGCAAUUUCAUUCGCCACUUCCUAUCGAUACGACAUUUAUGAAUGGUGUGCACGAAUAUAUCGAGACUUCUCGGUGGGUAAUGUCGGUGAAUAUUCAGUCGAAAUGGUCAUUGAACCAAUUCGUCCUCAAGGACGGCAACAUCCUCUGGUAGAUCGGUGUAGACUGACUUUGAAAAUUUGUGAAUACGACCAAUUCUCGACGCAUUUCGACGAUUUUGGCGUUACACCUGAGCAUGCAAAUGGUAAACGUGUGCACAUCACAAUUGGAAUGCGUUUCGCAAGGCAAGAAUUCGAAACGGACUUCAGUAAUCGCUGUAAUUGUUGUUGUAAAUUGGCGGAUCCGAUCAGUCUGAAUGAUUUUCGAUCGAAAGCACUCGAAACGAUGAACUGUUCCAGUGAUUACAAACUGCUGUGUAUGGACGGUGAACUGAAAACGUCGAAACAUCUGCUAUUCGUUGCAUCACCACGUUUUCGAAAACAGUUUUCCAGCGAAACUCAACCGUCAUCUGAAUGUCACUUAGAAUUUACUCGUGCAGCUGUUGAACAGGUAUUGAAGUUCAUAUAUGUUGGUGUAUUUUCGCUAGAUACAAAACAAGCGGAUUGUUCGUUUGUACGUCAAUUGAUCACCUUUGGACGAUAUUUUCAAUUCGGAUAUUUGGAAGAACUCAAAAAUCAGCUGCAAACGCAACUUUGUGCAUAUUUAUUCAAUCAUGCAGAUAAUUUGAAACUAUUUGUUGAUUUGCUGAUACUCGCAAGUGAUUUGGGUUUUACGCGAUUAAAAAAGCAUUGUAUAUGUGCGAUUAUCAAUAUCUACUAUGUGAAAUUCAAGAGGAGGUAUAACCUCAGUGCGGAUAAUUUCGAUGAUCGUGAUAUAUUUAAUCAGUUGGGCAGAGGCGAAUCAAUAUUCUCACCGUCAAUCCUUCAACGAAUCGAUUCCGCUUAUAAACUCUCAAGGAAAACAUCACUUGUUUAUAGUUAUUGA